UUACCCGGUUACCGGGACUUUUAUUUUUUUGUCUGGACGAAGUGUCAACAACUUUGGUGUAAAUGAUGGCUGGAUUUGAAGGGGUUUCUGCGCUGUGUGAAAAUACGAACGAGGUGUUUUUGGAUGUGUCAAAAUUGCUGUUAACGUAUGCGGACAAUAUUCUGAGGAAUCCCAAUGAAGAGAAGUACAGAUCGAUCCGCAUAGGCAACCCGACCUUCUCCACCAAACUUCUUCCUAUAAAAGGAGCCGUUGAAUGCCUCUUUGAAAUGGGCUUUGAGGAGGCCGAGACGCACCUGGUGUUCCCCAAGUCGGCGUCUGUAGAUCAGCUGAGGCGAGUGCGAGAGUCCAUCGCUGCAGAGAGAGACCAGAGGCUUGGGACAGGCCAGUGCACACCAAACCCCCAGAGCGCCAACCCUGCCUCGGUUUCUCCUGCCUCUCCUACCUCUGCCCAGGCAUCAGCACCCCAACAGCUGACACAGCCAGCAGCACAGCCAGCAGCACAACCAGCAACACAACAACAGUCUCCGCAGAGCAACAUGUCCUUCCUGAGGACUCUGCGGUCAAACUUUCAGCACGUGAUGACAUACGAGAGCCCUGAACUUCAGCGGAAAGCUCUGAGCUGUAUACCCCGGGGGCAGCUCUGCUCCGGGGCUGAAGAACGACUGCAGCAGGCCAGGAAAGCAGAUCCAAGUUGUAAUCUUGCUGAGGAGGACAUGCUGCUGCUGGAGCUGUUGCAGUGGUUUAAAGGAGAGUUUUUCUCCUGGGUGGACAGCCUGCCAUGCAGCCGGUGCGGGGGUUCAACGCAGUCCUUCGGCUCGCUGUCGCCCUCUGCGGAUGACCUACGAUGGGACGCUGGCCGUGUUGAGAAUCACUACUGCAACGCCUGCCAUGUCACCAACAGAUUCCCAAGGUACAACAAUCCUGAGAAACUGCUUGAGACCAGAAGGGGGCGCUGUGGAGAAUGGGCUAACUGUUUCACCCUGUGCUGCCGAGCGGUGGGCCUGGAGGCCAGGUACAUCUGGGACUGCACAGACCACGUGUGGACGGAGGUGUACUCUCAGUCUCAGCGUCGCUGGCUGCACUGCGAUCCCUGUGAGAAUGCCUGUGAUAAGCCUCUGCUGUAUGAAGUCGGCUGGGGCAAGAAGCUUUCCUACAUUUUCGCUUUCUCCAAAGAUCAGGUGGUGGAUGUGACGUGGAGGUACUCCUGUAAGCAUCAGGAAGUGCUCUCCAGACGUACACAGGUUAAGGAGCCGUGGCUGCUGCACACUGUCAAUGGGCUCAAUGCAGUGAGGCAGCAGGCUCUGAGUGCUGAGAGGAAGCGGGAGCUCCUGGAGAGGUUAGUGGUGGAGCUGGUGGAGUUUAUCUCCCCUAAGAGCCCCAAACCAGGGGAGCUCGGAGGUCGUAUCUCGGGGUCCCUGGCCUGGAGGGCUGCUCGUGGAGAGACCGGUGCUUCUGGUUCUAAAGAGAAAGCCGCAGGGUUUGUGUUUAUCCCCACGGAGUCUGAGAAGGGUGUGAAGCUGUUCCACCUGCAGUAUAACGUGACCAAAGACUGUUACUUUCGAGUGCACAACGGCCAAGAGGAGAUUCCACGCUGGGAGACGGGCACGUGGAAGAGUGAGUCCGUCUUCAGGAAAGAAGAGCACGACUGGCAGAUGGUCUACCUUGCGCGGACGGAGGGUUCUUCCUCAGGCCGAGUGUGCUGGAGGGUUGUGUGUGCGCCUGUGGGGUUGAGGAUCAAGGCGGUCUCUGUCAGAGCCAUCAGUCAGACUUUCCACUCUGGCACAGUCCGCUGGAGCUUACGCUCUGCCCAGACCACCUUAGAGUUCCUCGGAGAUGGCAGAAUGCACUCACUGGCCGGCCUCUCAGGAUCCACAGAACUGGUCGUAGAAGCGGAGCUGAGCGGAGGGGACGGAGACGCGGCGUGGCAGCACGCUCAGCUAUUCAGACAGAGCAUGAAGGAAUCAGAGACCUCUUCAUUUGAGAUCCUUGUGGAAAUGGAGGACGCUUGACGAGAGACUGGCUGGCCAAUUCUGUCUCUUCGGACGUGAGAAGGGAAAUGUUUGAUGGUGGGAGAGAUGUGUCCCCACUUUUUAUUCCCCUUUUUAUUUUUAUGGAUUUUUUAUGGUUUGUGUAUAAACACUCACUGAGCACUUUGUCAGGUACACCUCCUUGUUUCUACACUCAUUGUCCACUUUAUC